AUGGCAAAAAACAUAAUUUUCUCUUCGUGUAGUACAAGCAAACCUAUUACAAGGAAAGGAGACGACAAGAAGAAAAAGAAUGUGCGUGACAUAAUCAAAAUUAUUAAGGAGACGGAUCCCGACGUUCAACCCAUGUUUGUCGCGAGAGACUUGAGUCGCCUACCCCCGGUGACCUUGGACAAUGUGGAUGUUUCACGUCUGCUGAAGGAUCUGUCAAUACUUAGGACUGAAUUGUUGGAAACAAAAAAGGCUUCCGAACCUCCCAACUUAUGUGCGGAAUUCAAAAGUAUAAAGGACGAGUUGGAGGCAUUUAGAAAAGAAUGUCUAACGAAGGCGGAUCUUAGCAAGAUUUUCAAAAAAAUCGAAUAA